CAUCCCGGAAAAUGGAUGUGGCCAUGUAGUUCCAGGCAGGCUGUAAAAUGGAUGUACGCGCCGCUAGUGUGCGGCCUAGUAAAAGCGUCGUACGAAAAACGGCAGCGUGGCCCCUCUCAGGUUUCUCUCUAUUAGUAUUGUGGUUAUGUUGUCAAUACUGGAUAUUUUGAUAGAGUUCUGUAAUCAUGACAAAUAUGAAAUGCUACCGGCUAGGAUAUUAUUUCAAAAUUUUCUUUAAAAAUUAAAAUAGAAAAUUGAAAAAAAAGUAUUAACUAAUAUCAGUGUGCACUCGCAAAAAUGAUACCAAAGAUUGUGUUUCGUGGAGCAAAUCGGACAUAUAUUUUAUAUGGCAAAACAAACUUAUUGAAGCCUAGAUAUAAUCCCAAUAAUGGAUGUAACAGCGCGUUGAUGUCCGCUUUACCACCAGACAGUCCGAUGAAUGUGUUCGACAGGAACGCAAAAUUAUUGCAACGUGAACGCGCCGCUAAGGAUGUUGAUGUGCAUCUCUAUGACUAUUUGAAGGACGAAGUAGGCGAUAGGUUGUCUGACAGGAUAUUUGACAUCAAACGAAAGUUUAACAAGGCCCUUGAUCUGGGAUGCGGUCGUGGUCACGUAUCUAAACGAGUCUUUAACGAUUCCAUAGAAGAAUUGGUGUUGGCUGAUAUGAGUCCAAGCUUCCUGCAACAAGCUGAAACCACAGAGGGAGUGAAGGUCAAAAAGGAAGUCAUCGACGAGGAGAAUCUGUCUUUUGAACCCAACAGUUUUGACAUGGUAAUCAGUUGUCUAAGUCUUCACUGGGUCAAUGAUCUUCCUGGAUGUUUCAAGCGUAUUAAUAGCAGUUUGAAGAAUGAUGGUGUCUUCCUGGCAGCUGUGUUUGGCGGUGAUACGCUUUACGAAUUAAGAAGUUCCUUACAAUUAGCUGAACUCGAGAGACACGGUGGAAUCUCGCCGCAUAUUUCACCAUUUGCGGAAAUAAGGGACAUUGGAUCUCUGUUAACAAGAGCAAAUUUUACCAUGUUGACCAUUGACACUGACGAGAUAGUCAUUGGUUACCCAAGUAUGUUCGAGCUUAUGUGGGAUUUAAAAGGAAUGGCUGAGAAUAAUGCAGCUAGAAAUCGUAAUUUGCAUCUUUCAAGAGAUACGUUGAUUGCAGCCGCAUCUAUAUACAAAGAGCUCUAUGGAAAAACUAGGGAAGACAACACUGCAUUCGUUCCUGCUACAUUUCAGAUAAUAUAUAUGUUGGGAUGGAAACCAGACGCGUCUCAACCAAAACCCCUCAAGAGAGGCACGGGAGAAGUAUCGCUCAAAGAUUUGUACAAACUUGACAAAAUAAUCAAGAGUAGUAAAAAAAUAACAUUAGGUGAUGACGAUAAGUAAAUUUAUAGUAUUUAUUGAUCGCGUUGAAUGUGUGUAAAUACUUUCUAUCAUGUGUAAAACUUAAUAUAUUGUAUAAAUUCUCUUUCAAAUAAUAGAUAUACAAAAUAACUUAUCAUUUAUCAA